AGUCAUUAAUCCAUCAAAGGAUUAUGUUCUUGAGCAGAGCUGCAAACGGAUCACAGUGCAAGUGCAAGACAAACUGUCAUUAGUAUCAGAAUGGCCCAAAGUGUCACGCCACUGCAAAGACUUAAGUUCAACAACGUUGCAUUGAAAAAACUCCCGUUGGAUUCGUCACUAGAACCGGGCUCACGGACCGUGACGGGAGCGUGUUUUUCCCGUGUUCAGCCGCAGCCUCUGCUCAAGCCCACAUUCGUCGCGGUAUCGGAAGCGGCUCUUGCUUUACUGGGACUGAACGCGGACGAUGUUUUAUGUGACCCGCACGGGGCUGAAUAUCUAAGCGGCUCUCGGGUGAUUCCGGGCUCUGAGCCCGCUGCGCACUGCUACUGCGGACACCAGUUUGGUCAUUUCGCCGGGCAGCUGGGUGACGGUGCUGUGUGUUAUCUGGGGGAGGUGGAGGCCGGUGCUGAGCAAAGUUCUAACCCGAUCAGCACAAGCCCCUGUGGUCGGUGGGAAAUUCAGGUUAAAGGCGCUGGACUGACGCCUUAUUCUCGGCAGUCUGAUGGGCGUAAAGUGCUCCGCUCCAGCAUUCGAGAGUUCCUGUGCAGUGAGGCCAUGCUUGCAUUGGGAAUUCCCACAACACGAGCGGGAUCACUGGUGACCUCUGACCUUUAUGUCCAGAGGGAUGCCUUCUACAGUGGCAAUCCCAGACCAGAGAGGUGCUCAGUGGUUCUCAGAAUAGCACCCACCUUUAUCAGAUUUGGAUCGUUUGAGAUCUUCCACCCUGUGGAUGACUUCACAGGUAGACAUGGCCCUAGUGUUGGACGUACUGAUAUUCGUGCACAACUUCUGGAUUAUGUCAUUGAAACAUUCUACCCUGAAAUACAACGAAGACAUUUAGAUCGCCAAGCGAGGAAUGCUUCCUUCUUUAGAGAGGUGACCGUGAGGACUGCCAAACUGGUUGCCCUGUGGCAAAGUGUGGGAUUUUGCCAUGGAGUUCUCAACACAGACAACAUGAGCAUCUUGGGACUCACUAUAGACUAUGGCCCAUUUGGCUUCAUGGACAGGUUUGACCCUGAGUUUGUGAGCAAUGCUUCUGAUAAGAAAGGCCGUUAUUCUUAUGAAGCUCAGCCAUAUGUCUGCCUCUGGAACUUGGCACGUUUGGCAGAAGCUCUUGGCACGGAGCUCCAGUCAGCCAAAGCAGGGGCCAUUUUAGAUGAGUUCAUGACCAUUUAUCAGGACUGCUACCUGGACAUCAUGAGGAGGAAGCUGGGUCUUCUGAGACAACAAGAACCAGAGGAUGUGGAGCUGGUGGCUGAUUUAUUGAAGACUAUGCACAUCACAGGUGCAGACUUCACAAACACAUUUCGUCUGCUGAGUGCCGUGUCCUGUCCUGCAGGAGAACAGAAAGACAGGGACAGCACAGACUCAGUAGUGGAACUGAUCGUGGAACAGUGUGCCUCGCUGGAAGAACUAAAGCACAUUGCAAGAAAGACAAGGCAAGAGAAUUGUGAGUUGGAGAUGAUUCUCUCCAUGGCUGAGACAAAUCCAGGUAUGUUCAACAUGGUAGCCAAUCAGCCAGAGGUCGCCAAGCAACUGGAGAAGAUUGGCAGGCUGAAGGAGCUUCUCGUAAUCAAUGAGGUCGAGCUAAAAAUAAAGCAGAGAGAUCAUUGGCAGAGAUGGGUCAAACAAUACAGGAGACGUCUGGCUCAUGAAUGUGACGAAGUGAGUGACCCUGCUGCAGUAGAGAAAGAACGGGUCAGAUCUAUGAACUCCACCAAUCCUGCUGUUGUACUGCGGAAUUACAUUGCCCAGAAUGCAAUUGAAGCAGCUGAAAGGGGUGAUUUUUCAGAGGUUCAACAGCUGCUUAAAGUUUUGGAGAACCCUUAUUCGGUCAGUGCGGAUCUGGAGCGUCCAGUAUGGUCAGCAGGAAGUGGGUCAGUCCAAGCUGAUGGCAACAGCAUUAAGGGACAGGAAGUUAAGGAGAACACAAAAACAAAAGCAGCAGCUGAUACUCACCAGAUUCCAUAUAACAGUAAACCUCCUGCGUGGGCCAGAACGAUCUGUGUCACAUGAUCAUCCUAAAGCCUCCCAAACAUCACAGCCCAAUCCAAUACAGAAAGAGAGAGAAAAUGUAGAACAUUCUCUUUUGAGUUUCUCUGUAUUGAUCAGGUAUGUUAGUGUUGAGGGAGGCUGAGCAACACACAGCACUCCUGGUCAGAUAAUGCAGAAAUGGCCAUAUGUCAAUAGGUACAAUAAAUGAGGCAUACUUUUUUAUAAUUUAAAAAAAAUAUUUUAUUACUAUGACAUUUAGAAACUGGUUAAAUUGUUCAUAUUUUAAUUUCACCUCAGUUAAUUCUGCAAUUAUCUGAUCAAUGAAGAUUCAGAUGUUCAGCUUAGCAGGCCUGUCUGAGUUUGAAAAACAAGGAGUAUCUUGUGCACACAUACAAACAUGCAUACUCUUUAAUUAUGCAUUUAUCACUUAAUUUCACCCUACAUUUUACUAGCUUCCACGUUUUUCAAAACAGAAGUUUAACAGAAUGUCCGAGCUGUUGUUUUGCAUAGGCUACAGUGAAAGGGGUUGCCUUGCUUAUAUUAUCAAGCUCCAAAAAUCACUAUAAAAGUAGUCUGUGAAAGUCUUCUAAGGUCUUCCAUACUAUACAUUUUGUGAUUUUGUGAGAGGCAUAUUUAAUUAAAAACUGAUAAAUAAAAGCAAAUAGAUUUAGCCACAAAUCAGUCAGUCAGUUCACUUGAUUUUGUUUAAACGUUCUUUUUUUAUUUUAUUUAC